AUGUGGGCUUUAUGUCUUGGAGCAUUGAUUAUUAUAGGUAUUACACAUUGGGUUUAUAGAUGGAGAAAUCCUAGUUGUAAUGGAAAACUCCCACCAGGUUCAAUGGGUUUGCCUCUUCUGGGUGAGAGCCUUCAGUUCUUUUCCCCUAACACUUCUUCUGAUAUUCCUCCCUUCAUCAGGCAGAGAAUGAAAAGGUAUGGACCAAUCUUCAAGACCAACUUGGUUGGACGACCAGUUGUAGUAUCAACGGACCCGGAUCUUAAUUACUUCAUCUUUCAACAGGAGGGACAAGUGUUCCAGAGCUGGUAUCCAGAUACAUUCACAGAGAUCUUUGGAAGACAAAAUGUAGGUUCCUUACAUGGGUUUAUGUACAAGUACCUUAAGAACAUGGUGCUGAAUCUGUUUGGUCCUGAAAGCCUUAAAAAGAUGCUCUCUGAAGUUGAACAGACAGUGUGCAGAACAUUACAGCAGUGGUCGUAUCAGGACAGUGUCGAAUUCAAGGAAGGAACAGCAAGGAUGAUAUUUGAUUUAACUGCGAAAAAACUUAUCACUUAUGAUUCGUCCAAGACCUUGGAGAAUCUAAAGGACAACUUUGAUGCAUUUAUACAAGGACUCAUCUCGUUCCCUCUGGAUGUUCCAGGAACUGCUUAUCACAAAUGUCUACAGGGUAGGAAAAGGGCAAUGAAAAUGCUGAAGAACAUGUUGCACGAAAGACGGGAAAUGCAUAGGAAACAGCAGACAGAUUUCUUUGACUUUGUUAUUGAAGAACUGAAGAAAGAGGGAACAAUCCUAACUGAAGCAAUAGCUCUGGACCUCAUGUUUGUGCUCCUCUUUGCAAGCUUUGAAACCACUUCUCUGGCUCUGACUUAUGCCAUGAAAUUACUCACUGACCAUCCCUUGGUGCUCAAGCAAUUACAAGAAGAACAUGAAGCCAUCCUCGAACGACGUGAAGAUCCUAACUCCGGAGUCACGUGGAAAGAAUACAAAUCAAUGACAUUUACAUUUCAGUUCAUAAAUGAAACCGUGAGACUAGCAAAUAUAGUUCCAGGAAUCUUCCGGAAGACAUUAAGAGAAAUUACUUUUAAGGUUUUUGUUUUUGAUGCAGGAUAUACCAUACCAGCAGGAUGGGCGGUCAUGGUGUGUCCGCCAGCUGUACACUUGAACCCGGCGAAAUAUCAGGAUCCUCUUGUCUUCAACCCAUGGAGAUGGGAGGGAGUGGAGCUAAAUGGUGCCAGCAAAAAUUUCAUGGCUUUCGGUGGAGGCAUGAGAUUUUGUGUUGGAACAGACUUCACUAAGGUUCAGAUGGCUGUUUUUCUUCAUAGCUUGGUAACAAAGUACAGGUGGCGACCCAUCAAAGGAGGGAAUAUUGUACGAACUCCUGGUUUGCAAUUUCCAAAUGGCUUUCACGUUCAGAUCAUGGAGAAAGAUCAAUUAAGGAAGCAGGAACCAGAAUAUACCAUUACAAACUAGAAACCAAAACUCCGCAAGAGAGACGCAUAUGGUUGGAAUUUAGACUUUAUAUCUUCCCAAUAGUUGGCAUUUUCAAGACGCACAAGGCAACACAUUUAUUAAGGAAGCCAGAGAUGUAAGCAUAACGGUCUCUUAAUCAGUUUUGUUUAGGUCACUUCAAAGUUGUGCUUUAACUAGAUUUUCUUUUCAAUAUAUUACUGAAGGGGAGAAGUUUAAAAAGCAUGUAUCAGUCGCAAAACAUAACAUGUCUUACCUCGGAAAAAGGCAGUGAGGGAUGGGAAGGGAAUUUUUACUUUGUAACAAAUGGUAUAAAUUUUUCAGAUU